CUUUUUGUUUUUCUUUUUAUCCGUUGGAAGAAGCUUGAUGGCAGGUCUCUCUUUUCCGUUUUAUUUGCAGUUCACGGGACAUGGAUUUCUGGGAAGAAGGUGGAAGCUGGAGCUAGCGUCGAGAUGAAGGCAGGUGACACGCUCAAGAUCGGGGUUUCCAGCAGGGUUUAUCGUCUACAUUGGAUUCCCAUUAACCGUGCCUAUGAUAUGGAAAACCUAUUUCUGUCCCAGCUUGAGGCGGUUCCAGAGGAAGAACAACAAGAGGAAGAGGAGAGAAAACAGAUGUUGAAGAAUUGUAUUCCUGUUGAAGAGGAAGAAAUUCAGUCAGUGGAUUCAAUUCUCAAGUGUAUCUCCUCUUUAUUCCUUGAUGAGAAUUUCGGAGUUACCAAAGAAAAUGAGAUUCUAGCCGCAUCCCCCGUGUUGGAAGAAAUGGAGAGUCAAUGCAGAGAUGAAAUGAUUGGACUUCCAAGCUCUGCUGUUGAAAAUAAACUCUCUGACUCUAUAAUCGAGGUUCAUUCACCACCUGAUUUGGAAUCAGCUGCCAAAUGUGAUGAGACGUGGACAGAUUAUUGGUCAGAGAGUACAUGUAUCAAAGCUGUGAAAGUUGUUGGCCAGGGAACUGAGAUGCAGGGAUUCUACACUCCACCUGGCAAAAUUCCUUCUCAAUUGUCGUCCUGUGAAAAUCAGUGGUCCUGCUUGCUUUUUAAUACUGAUCCUGCAUCUUUUGAGGAAGAAUAUGUAGCCGAGGCUAUAGUACAUACAGAAUCUGAGUAUGAGUGUACAGCCAAAGAUACUGGAAAGGUUACUGACAUUUUAUCUGCUGGAGGAGGAGUGUGCAGUUACGAUGACACAUGCAGGUCAGUUGAGGAAGUAAUUCCUUAUAAGAAUUGUAAACACAUCGAAGUUGAACAAGUUGGUGUGGAUUCACUACCUGAUGGAGAGAAACAAGAUCCAUGUGGUGAAGAUAUUGGAAACAAAUACACUGCUGGUAUCUGCUCCUCAUCAAUGGCUUCAGAAACUGUUCUGAGUAUUAGGAAUAACAAGACCCUCCAAUAUAAUAUGGAAACCUUUGGAAGUUGCAAAGAAGCAAUGGCUAAAAAAUCAACAAAUAGUAAUAUUUGGUCAAGAAGGGGUAAAGCUGCCAAUGCUCCCCAAAUUCAAACCAGCAAGAGUGCAUCUAGGAGCAAGGCUAGUGCUGAUGAGGAAGAAGACGAUGAUGAGGAAGUCUUCACUCCAGAUAAGGAAAAUUUCAGUCCAAAUACCCUUCAAUUGCUCUGCUCCAAAAAGAUGGGCAUGCUUGAAGAAGUUAAGCCUUCCAAGUCUCAAAGGUCGCAGAAGGAUCUUUUCUCUGUUUUGGAUGGGGUGAAAGAAGAAUUAUUUGCUCCAGAUCAGGAAAAUCUCAGCCCAAAUACUCUUAGACUGCAUCAUCUGGCAAAGAAGAGUAUUCUCGAAGAAACUAAAUGUUUCAAAGCUCAAUGUUCACAAAAUUCAGAGAGCCUAUUUAGUGCCAACAUCUAUCCAGAUGAAAAUAUAAUUCCCUCUUCACACAAAGAGAAUGAAGCUCCAAAAGUAGUCCCAGAGCACAAAUCACGAAGAAGGCCUUUUGGCAGUCUUGAGAUGGCACAGUGCUCAAAAAGUUCAAAUAGAAAGAUAAUGGCUGCUUCAAAGAAAGAGAACGCAACUCCAAAACUAGCCCAAGAACCGAAGUCACGAAGAAAACCUUUUGGCAAUCAUAUUGAGCUGGCAACAGAUACUAUGACACUGGAUAACAGAGUGGCAAGGGUGCCCUUCCAACUUCUAAUAGAUGCAGGAGGGACCACCCGUCCUGUUUCUGCUGCAAAAGGCAUUGAUGUUAGUAAGGAUGGACGAAUGUUUGACAUGCACAUCAACCAUUCGGAUAUUUGCUGGGACCAAAAGAGGAGCUGGGAUAUGGUUGUGGACACUGCAACUCUUAUGAACAAGGAAUCAAGGAAUACUCUACAGCUUUUACAAGGUCUCAAGGGAACUCAAUUAAUCGUCCCAAGAUCAGUCAUAAGGGAGCUGGACAGUAAGAAGAGACAGUACUCGAUUUUUAAAAGAAACUCAGAGGCUUCCUUGGCACUAGAAUGGAUUGAGGACUGUAUGGUGAAGACAAGAUGGUGGAUUCAUGUCCAAAGCUCAAUGGAAGAAGAAAGGUUGAUUGCUCCUACCCCACCUGCUUCUCCUCGAACUCAGUUUAAUGAAGAGAGUUGGACUUUUCCUGCUGCGAUUUUGGAAAUAGCUUCACCGACAGCGGAAGAUCAAAUCCUUGACUUUGCUCUUGCAUAUAAAAGAAGGAAAAAUGAUGGACAACUUGUCCUGCUUAGUGAGGAUGUCACUUUGAAGAUCAAAAGCAUGGCAGAGGGGUUGCUCUGUGAACCAGCGCAGGAAUUUCGCGCAAGCCUGGUGAAUCCAUUCUCAGAGAGGUUCCUAUGGACCAACAGCUCUCCUCGAGGGCAGACUUGGUCUUGUCAGGAUGAUCAUGUUUUGAGGGAGAAGUACUGUCGUCUGCCGGUGAGGAAGUCAUCAAAGGGUGCUGCAAGUGGAUUGAAGCUCAUUCUGCUUCACAAUUCUCAGUAUGGAAAAUGA